AUGCUGUGUUGGAUAAAUUGAUUAGCUUAUGCUAUAGGGUACUUUGUGAUAGGACUCGUGGCUGUUAAGUUUGGGUUUUAUGUACAGAGGACUUUCUUUAGGAAGGGGUAUGAUGUACAUGAAAGAUAUGGAAAAGAUUCUUGGAUUCUGAUCACAGGAGCCACUGCAGGAAUCGGUUUGGCAUUGGCAAAAUACUCUGCAAAAGUUAAAGGCCUCAACGUUGUUCUGUUGGGUAGAAAUCAAGAGAAGUUAGAUGCAGCUGAGAAGGAAGUUAAAGCAGCCAACCCAAAGAUCAAGACUAAGACUUACAAGUUUGAUUUCACUAAAAACUCUGGACAUGAGUCAUAUCUCAAAAUCUCAGAAGAUCUAAAGGACUUAGACAUCUCAAUGCUGGUCAACAAUGCUGGAGUUCAGGAAAUGAGACCAAUUCUCACUUUAGAAGAAGAAGCAAUGGAAAACCUUACCUUGCUCAACAUCAAUGGACUAUCUUUGCUCACGUUGAUCUUCGCUAAGAGAUUUGCAAAGAGAGAUAAGAGAAGUGCUAUCGUUAAUGUAGCAAGUCAAGCAGGAUAUGCACCUUUGCCAGGAAACGCACCAUAUGGAGCAAGUAAAGCUUUUGUAAGAAGCUUGACUAAGGCAGUUGGCUAUGAACUAAGAGAUAAGAUAGAUAUGCUAUGCUUCUCUCCAGGAUUUGUGACCACAGAUUUGUGUUGUUUUAAAGAAGGUCCUGAUGUAGUCUCUCCCGAUGAUUGUGCUCCUUGCAUUUUUAGAGAUCUUGGAUAUGAGACUGAAAAUCAGCCAUGUUCUAUUCAUGAAUUCGUAGUUUUCAUCGUCCCUCCAAUUUUGCUUAUCAAUGAGAACCUUCCAAAUCUUAUGCUUGACCCACUUACUAAAGAUGAAUUCAAUAGAAUGGAGGAGAUAAGAAGCAAAGAGAAUAAAAAGGACUCCUAA